AUGCAUCGAGCUGUCAAACCGCGAUCAGGAAACGCGAGCGAAAGAGAUAUCAAGCGAACGAAGCGAGACGCAGCGCACGUGCUGUCAAAACGUCAAACGGCGAUUCAAAGUGUUGUCGAAAAUGUGAACCGCUUUCGCGUCCUUGCAUUCGUUUACCUGGAAAUUCUGGUGUACCUGUUUGUUGUGUUUGCCUUUCGACUGUUUGAGCUUGGCAGAAAGCUACCCCUUGUGCGAAGUGCGUCUCGCGAGGAAACGAUCGAACGAAUAGUUUACCCACGCCACGACGUUCGCCUAGCCCCCAAAAUUACGAUGCACAAAGUCACAACGGCACCAAAGACCGUUGGUGGCAGCAUCAGCAGCAAUAGGCUGGCGACGGCUGGACCACCGGUACGGAAGGAGUACGAAUCGAGCUCGUCCGAUGAGGACGGGUACCUGUCGCCGUUCAACGGAUCGGACGACGGAAGUGGAGUGGCGGAGGGCAGCCUGCUCGACGAAAUGCCACCAUUCUCUGCCUGCUCGAUGUCGCCCUCGGCCCGAUCACUGUCACCGAUCGAGCUGGAACCGUUCGAAUCGCCCACCUCGACGCCAAAAUCCGGCCGCAGCUGCUACUCGGGCUGCAGCACGCCGCUGUACGGGAUGACGCCACCACCACCAGCCGCCAGCACCACCGGCACCAACGGUCAGCAGCCGGCCGAAGGGUAUGUAACGCUGGACGAAAUACAUGCCCGCAUCGGACUGACCCCGCCGGAUGGGAACGUUAGCCGGAGUCGGCUGAAUUUGGAAACCAUCUUCGAGGGCGUGUUCCUGGAAACACCACCAAAGAAAGAGUUCCAGUCGAAGGGGAAUCUAUUCCGCCGGUCCAUACGGAACCGGGCGCUGCUGUUCGAGAAGGUGGAGAAGCUGUGAAAAGC